AUAUCAAUAAUUGGAGAUACAUAUAUUUUAUUUGUAAAGCAAACAUGGCUGCCCUACUCCUACAUGGUUUUGUCCAAAUAGGGAACUGCAAGACUGGGAUGUCUAAGUCAAAAGAAUCAUUCAUUGAAGCAGUGGAAGGAAGGAAGAAAGAUAGACUGGUGCUCUAUUUCAAAAAUGGAAAAUGUAACACUUUUCGGCUAAGUGAUAAUAUUCAAAACGUAGUCCUAAGAUCCUGUGAAGGAAACCAAAAUCACCUGCAUUUAACUUUACAAAAUAAUAAUGUCUUGUUUAUUGAAGGAUUAUCCUCCACAGAUGCUGAACAAUUGAAGACAUUCCUGGACAGAGUUCAUCAAAACAAGGUUCAGUCACCUGUGAGACCUGGUAAGGGUAGGAGUGUCUUUUCUAGCACAACAACACAGAAGGAAAUCAACAAAACUUCAUUCCACAAAGUUGAUGAGAAAUCAAGUAGGAAAUCAUUUGAGAUAACAAAAGGAAGUGGGGAGACAGGUGUCCUUCAGAGGAUGCCUUUGCUUACAUCAAAAUCGUCAACACUUACUUGUGGAGAGUUACCUGAAAAUCAGCACAAGAAGAGGAAAAGAAUGCUGUCAUCUAGCUCAGAGAUGAAUGAGGAAUUCUUGAAAGAAAGUAAUUCUGUAGAAUACAAGAAAUCCAAGGCAGAUCGCUUGAGGUGUGUAAGCUAUAAUAGAAAGAAACAAUUGAAGUUAAAAGAGUUAGAAGAGAAUAAGAAAUUGGAAUGUGAAUCUUCGUGCAUCAUGAAUGCUACUGGAAAUCCUUACCUAGAUGACAUUGGACUUCUCCAAGCUCUCACUGAGGAAAUGGUUUUGGCAUUUCUAUUACAACCAGGGAAUAGUGAUGGUUACACAAAGUGGGAUAAAUUAAAACUAUUUUUUGAAUUAUUUCCAGAGAAAAUAUGCCACGGUUUCCCCAAUUUGGGAAACACCUGUUAUAUGAAUGCAGUUUUACAGUCUCUACUUUCGAUUCCAUCGUUUGCUGAUGAUUUACUUAAUCAGAGUUUCCCAUGGGGUAAAAUUCCCCUUAAUGCUCUUACCAUGUGCUUGGCACGGCUACUUUUUUUUAAAGAUACUUAUAAUAUAGAAAUCAAGGAGAUGUUACUCUUGAAUAUUAAAAAGGCCAUUUCAGCAGUUGCAGAGAUAUUCCAUGGCAAUGCACAGAACGAUGCUCAUGAGUUUUUAGCUCACUGUUUAGAUCAGCUGAAAGAUAACAUGGAAAAACUCAACACAAUUUGGAAGCCUAAAAGUGAAUUUGGGGAAGAUAAUUUUCCUAAACGGGUUUUUGCUGAUGAUCCUGAUACCAAUGGGUUUUCUUGCCCUGUCAUUACUAAUUUUGAGUUAGAGUUGUUGCACUCCAUCGCUUGUAAAGCUUGUGGUCAGGUUAUUGUCAAGACAGAACUGAAUAAUUACCUCUCCAUCAACCUUCCCCAAGGAAUGAAAGCAUGCCCUUCAUCUAUUCAGUCUACUUUUGAUCUUUUUUUUGGAGCAGAAGAGCUUGAGUAUAAAUGUGCAAAAUGUAAGCACAAGACUUCUGUUGGAGUGUACUCAUUCAGUAGGCUACCUAGAAUCCUUAUUGUUCACCUCAAACGCUAUAGCUUGAAUGAGUUUCGUUCAUUAAAGAAGAAUGGCCAGGAGGUCGUCAUUUCCAAAUAUUUAAAAGUGUCUUCUCAUUGCAAUGAAGGCACCAGACCACCUCUUCCCUUGAGUGAGGAUGGAGAAAUUACGGAUUUCCAAUUAUUAAAAGUUAUUCGAAAGAUGACUUCUGGAAGCAUCAGUGUAUCAUGGCCUUCAACAAAGGAACCCAAAGAUAUCCUAGCUUCACACAUUGGAUCAGAUACGGAGUCUGAACAAAAAAAAGGCCAGACAGUCUUUAAAGGGGCAAGCAGAAGACAGAAGCAAAAAUACCUUGGAAAAAAUUCUAAACCAAAUGAGCCAAAAUCUGUGUACUCAGGAGAUCGAGCAUUCAUUGAAAAAGAACCGUUAGCUCACUUAAUGGCAUAUCCGGAAGACACCUCACUUUGCCAGUUGCACAAAGCUGGAGGUAAACCUGCCAGCAGCCCAGACACAUGUCUUGCAGAAGUUCACUUUCAAACAGUCUCUGAAAAUCCAAAACGAAAGAAAUAUGUGAAAACCAGUAAGUUUGUAGCUUUUGAUAGCAUUAUCAAUCGUACUAAAGAUUUGUAUGAAGAUAAAAAUGUCAGAAUUCCAGAAAGUUUCCAAAAAGUGUCUGAACAGACUCAGCAGCGUGAUGCUAUGAGAAUCUGUGAACAAGCCCCUCAGCAGGCACUGCCUCGAAGCUUUCCAAAGCCAGGUGCCCAGGGGCACACAAAGAACCUCAUAAAACCUACAGAAUUAAAUCUCCAGAAGCCUAACAGGAAUUCCCUAUCUGCACUUGGUUCCAAUAAGAACCCAAGAAACAAAGACAUUUUAGAUAAGAUAAAAUCUAAAGCCAAGGAAACAAAAAGAAAUAACGAUAAGGGAGAUCAUACCUACCGGCUCAUUAGUGUUGUCAGCCAUCUUGGGAAGACUCUAAAGUCAGGCCAUUAUAUCUGUGAUGCCUAUGACUUUGAGAAGCAGAUCUGGUUCACUUACAAUGAUAUGCAGGUGUUAGGUAUCCAGGAGGCCCAGAUGCAGGAGGAUAGGCGUUGCACUGGAUACAUCUUCUUUUACAUGCAUAAUGAGAUCUUUGAAGAGAUGUUGAAAAGAGAAGAGAAUGCCCAGCUUAAGAGCAAGGAGGUAGAGGAGACCCUUCAGAAGGAAUAAGAGGAACGUACUCCUCCUUGAACAGAUCUGCUUGACUGUCUCACUCGAUACCACUUCCUCCAUUGAAGGAAAACUCUAAUCUUUAUCCAGGGAUGAAAACGCAAUUACUCUAGGACCAAAGGUCAAACAGAAACACUUAAUGGGGAAAUCACCAUUCUAACCCUGACACAGACACCUCAAUCCCAUAGCUCUGGCUGAUGGGCAUCUUUCUCUCCUACAAGACUGAAAUUGUGUUUUUCAUGUUCUUCUUCAUUUUAAUAUAGUUAGGGUCUCGCUCUGUCAUCCUGGCUAGAGUGCAGUCCUUCAAUAAUAACUCACUGCAGCCUCAAACUCUUGGCAUCAAGCGAUUCUCUCUCAGCCACCUGAAAAGAGAGGGGGUAUUCUCGCUUGAGCUGGGACUAUAGGUGUGUGCCACCAGGCCUAGAUAAUUUUUUUUUCUUUUUGUAGUGACAGGGUCUCACUAUGCUGCCCAGGCUGGACUUGAACUCCUGACCACAAGCAAUCUUCCUGCCUCUUUUCAUGUUCUAAUGCAGUGGUUUAAAACUAUGCUCCUUAAACUAGCAGCACCAGGAGCAUGGGGGUACUCAUUGGAAAUGCAAAAUCUUGGGUUCCACUGUAGACCCACUGAUUCAGAAACUUGGGGUGAGGGAUAGCAAUCUGAUGGAGACUGUGAUGCUUGAUACAGUUUGAGAAGCACUACUGUACUACAUACACUACCUUGGUUGUAUAUUUAAAUUGCUUAUUUUGUAAAAUGUUUUGAUUAUAUUUUUUGUGUUUUUCAUAUUAAUGUAUGCCUUGCCUUUGUGAACUUAUUAAAAGCCAAACUCACAAAAAUCA